ACAACCUCAAUUGAACAGCCUCCGCUCUAGACAUGCCCUUCCUCAUAAAUAAAUAAUCAACACCCAAUUAUCUCAUUCCCGACCUGUCACAUAUACCCACAGUACCCCCCGAUACACCCCCGGAGAGAGAAGGAAAAUGUCCUCCCCAUCACCCUCACCCACGCGCCGCUCCGCGACACCAGAAAUCCUCACACCCGGACGGAAAAUCCGAGCCAUGCUGGCUGCCUUCGAUAGCGACUCCGACUCCGACACUGCCACUGCCCAGAAAUCGAAACCGGAGAGAUCGACAUCCACUACCAAGCUUAGCGAUGCGUUGAAGAAGAGUACCAUUUCUACGCAACCGGUCUCCAUGAGUUUGGAGGAGGAAGAGGCUGAGGAUGAGGACGAUGAGGAUAUUAUUAUGCCGAAGGGCAGGAUGGCGGCGAGGUUACAGGGUGCUCAGGGGCAAGGAUCGAGUGGGACGGGGCAGAUGAAGACGGCGUUUGACCGGGUGAGGGAGAGUUUGAGGGCGGAGAAUAAUGAGAAGGAUGACGAGAAGGAUGAGGAUGAGGAUGAGGCUAUGGAUGACGAUGAGGAUGAUGAUGAGGAUCUUCCGACGGCUGGACCGCGGAGGAGAGGCGUUAGACGAAGCUCGAAUGCUGCAUCCGAAUCAGAUCGCGCGCCCUCUCCCACGCGAUCCGACUCCCCACUAUUUGUCUCCUCUCCAGCCAUGAGCCAGAACGAAUCCGACCCCGAAGAAGCACCCAAACCCCAAGCCAACGCCCGAUUCCUCGCCCUUGUCGCCCAGAAACGCAAACAGCGAGAAGAGAAGGAGCAAGCCGAAGCCGAGAAGCGCGCCGCCCGCGCCAAGCAGAACGAGCAGUUCAGCUCGGAGAUCAACUCCGGCAGCGAGAGCGAGGGCGAGAAUGGCUCCGGACGGAAACUCACCCAGCAGGCGGCUCGUCCGGCGCGGAAGGCGAGCAAGAAGGCCCUCGAGGAUAUGCAUCGCGAGACGCAGCGCAUGAGCCGGAAUAUGCAGCUGGCGCAUCAAGCGCAGACGAAGAAGAAGAUCACCAAGGAGAGUUUCUUUGCGCGGUUCAACUUUAUGCAGCCGGAGGCGCAGGCGCAGACGGGCACGCCGGUGGAGAAUUCGUCGAGUGCGGCGGCGUCGCAGAAUACGUCGGACGCGGAGGCACAGAAGGAGAAAGAGACCCCGCGGACGUCGCCUGUUCUUGGGCCGGAGAAGGUGGCGGAGAUGGGGACAGAGCCUGCGCGUGUUGAAAAUGCUGAGGCUGAGAACGAGGAGUUCCCUUUGCUGGAAGAGAUCCUUGCGAACCCAAGUCCGCCAACGGAACAGCCUAUCGUCGCGAGGAUGGAGGUUGACGAGGCUCCACAGCCGACAAAGACGCCUCCUAAGAAGGAGAAGAGAGAACUCACUGGCCCGGCUGUGCGCGUGCGACUGACGAGAGAAGAGGUCGCGCGACAGCAGCAGGAGGAUUCAGACAGUGACCUCGAGGUCGUUACAUCGCCAGCAAAGUGCCGACGUAUCGCAGCGUUCGAAAAUGUGCCCGCCAGGCGGAACCAGGAAUCGGCCUCGAUGAUCAAACUCAAGGCUCUAGCACAUAUCGGAUCCCCCACGCGGAAGUCCAUGGAUCCAGCACAGCUGUCUGCGACGAUUCUAGCUAAGGCAAGACAGCAGGCUUUGAAGGAACGCCAAGACAGGAUCCAAGAGCUUAAAGCCAAGGGUAUCUAUAUCGAAACGGCCGAAGAGCGUGCGGCGAUGGAGGACGAACUUGAGAACCUCGUUGAGAAAGCACGCAAGGAGGCCGAGGACAUCGCGAAACAGGAACGGAAGUCGAAGAAGGGCGAUGCUGACGAUGAAGAAGACGACGACUGGGAGUAUUCUGGUUCCGAGGAAGACGAUGGGGAGGGUGAGGGUGAGGAUGAUGAUGAGGAUGAGGACGAGGAACAGCCAAAGCCUGACGGACUCAUCGAGUCUGAAGCUGGCGAGGACGACGAAUCGGAAGACGACCAGACAGACGCCAUGUCGGUUGACGAGGAGAUCACAACCCAGAGACGCAAGCGACCUACCCGGGUGGUCAGCGACGACGAGGACGAGGCGCCACAGACCCCUGUGAAAUCUGUCACUCCCACGCCGCACUCCGUUGAACGGCCACAGCUACCUUCACAGAGCUCCAACCUGAUGAGCUUGACACAGGCCUUUGCAGGCACGAUGUCUGCCAAGGACGGUAGUCAACCGGAUCCUACAAUCCCCAAUUCCCUACCCGAACCCGGUCCCAUGUUCGACCACCGUCAAGAGUCCGACUCCCAGAUGAUCAUCAAGGACAGCCAGGAACCAAGAGCGGCCUCUACUGAUAUUCUGACGGGAUACACGUCCGACGCACGGGUGUCCGAAUCCCCAGCUCCACGCUCCACCCCGUACUCCCAGAUCCCAGACCCCUCCCAGGACGCCGGGUUCGUGUUCUCGCCGUUUGAUCCUGCGAAGCGAUUCCUCAACGCACCGCCAUCCACCGUCGAUACUGUCCUCGUUGACCAUGACAGCUCUCCCGCUCCAGUCCGGAAGAUGAAACAGCUCAAGCGAGGACGGGCAGAUCUCUCCAUGAUUGAGGAGCAGGACGAGGGCGACUUUGAAAUCAACGCCAGCGCCUUCGACGUGAUGAAGAAAGCCCCCAAGAAGGCCCCCGCCGUCCCGUUUGACCGCAAGAAGAGCAAGGCGAAGAACGUCGUUGAAGAAGCGGCCGAAGAGUCGGACGACGAAUACGCCGGGCUGGGAGGAGCCAGCGACGAGGAGGACGAUGAAGAGAACGCCUACGACCGACAGAUGAUCAACGACAACAGCGGUGAGACCGUGGAUGAGAAGCAGCUCGCAGCCCUGAAUGCUCUCCACGACCGCAACGCCGACGAAAAGCAAGUCGCCAAGCUCCUGAAAGACAUCACGACCGGCGCACUCCGCCGGCGACGCAACGGCGACGAUGAAUUCGACCUAGACGACUCGGACGACGAGCUUCUCGCCCGCCGCCGGCAGAAGCAGCGCGAAUUCGCGCGCAUGCGCAAAGCCCUGCUGGCAGACGAGAAGAUCGGUGAAAUCGCCGAGAACCCCAAGAAGGCGGCGUUCUUCCGCGCGGUGGAGGACCGCGACGAUGACGACGACGACAUCGGCCUGGAGUUCCUCGAUGAAGAGCAGGAACAAGACCAAGACCAAGGCACGCAGAACGAGGACGCACCAGCGCAGCACCCGGCCGCGCAACCCGACGCCGACUCCGACAGCAACAACAAGAGAAAACGGCCGCUCGAACCCGCGCCAGAGGAAGUCUACAACCGCCCGCCGCCGCACCUCCGCCGCAAACCCGCCAGCGCCAUGUCCAAGAAACCCGCCUCGCUGGCCGAGAUCCGCGAGACGCUGUCCUUCCUGACAGAAACCCACGACUACGAUUCCUUCCACGAGGACGCCUCCAUGGAAGACCACGACCACGACCACGACCAUGUCGAAAACACAGAAGACGACGACACCGACCUGACCCUCACAACCGAAUCCCAAGACAAAGAAAAAGACACCCAACACACCCACCCCCGCCGCACGCGUCCCGCGGCCCCGUCGUCGACCGCCUCGCCCUCCUCCGCCAAGCCUCCUCCAACUCCACCUCCAACUCCACCACUGGAAACCGUCUCGCCUUCCAGGGCGCACACUCCGGCGCGGACUUCAUCCGGCCCCCGCUGCUCCGGAAAUCGACGACGGGGAGCAGCUCCAGCUCCAUGUCUAGCACGAUCUCUUCUCGGGCGAAGCAGGUGAGUGCGAAACCGGGUGGUGGAGGUGCAGGCGGGGGGGUUGCGAAAAAGGGCGCAGUGAACUAUUAUACGGCGGCGAGGGAGAGGGAGCGGGAGAAGCAGUUGAGGAUGAG